AUGAUUACGAUAAUUUCAAUAACAAGAAUAGCCAUAACAAUUGCUACUAAAAUUACUAUAUUGAUAAAGAUUACGAUUUCGAAUACGACAACGAUAAUUAUAAUAACAACGAUAAAAAUAAAUUUUGCGUUUACGAUUAAGAUAAAGGUUAACGAUAAUUAUAAUAACAACGAUAACAAUAACAAUUGCGAUAACGAUCACUAUAACUAUAAAUACAAUAUCAACAAUAACAGUAACGCUUGCCUUUACGAAUACAUUUACGAUAACAAAUACGGUAUCGAUAAGGACUACGAUAACGAUAACUACAAUAGCAACGAUACCAAUAACGACUCCGAUUACGAUUACAAUGUUAGUAAGAAUUACAAUUUCGAUAUCGAUAACGAAAUUUAUAUCAAUAAGCACAACAAUAAUGAUAACGAUAACGAACUGGACAUCCAUUUACUCGAGCGAGAGAAUAUUUAG